UAUAGAUACACAAGCGACAGCACAUUCCCAAACCCAAUCCAACCAACACUCCCCUCAGAGAGGACAAUCGAAGUAACACGCGCAGUACCCCUUGGCAUCGAAGACGGUGUCAUCCUUGCCGCAGACGCAGUUGGUGCUGUCGGCCUUGGACUGGAUGUCCUGGCCGGCGUAGCGCACCUCGACCGAGGUGCAGCGGGUGAGGGUCUUGCUGGUGUCCUGGCCGCAGUACAUGUCGACGGUGUAGGGCAGCACGGAGGUGAAGGUCUGCCAGGAGUUGAAGCGCUGCGACAUCUCGGAGAUGAUCUUGCCGUUGGGGUCGGUGACGAAGCCCGUGUGCGAGUGGUAGUUCUGGGUGCCCAGCGUCGGGCCCAUGUACAUCGAGGCGUCCUCGUUGGCGUAGCCGGCGAUGCAGCGCUUGCCGUCGGGCUUGAGGGUGGUGAUGGCGGUGGCGGUCGUGGCCAGGGCCGCGAGCAGGGUGGUGAUUGCGGUGAGGAAGUGCAUUGUGGAAAACUGAAGUCUUUGGAUUUGGGGUGUUUGGACGGUGGGAUUGGCUUGGUUUGUGUGGGGUUGAGGUUGGAGAGGAAGAGGGAGAGGAAGCUGGAUGAUGGGAUGAAUGAGUUGAGUAGGGGUUCGUCCGCUCUUUAUACUUGUGAGUCUCUCUAUCAUGAGAGACGUACGAUGAUUGACCUUCCUUAUUGAGUAGGAGACGUUUUUCUUGGGCGUGGAGAUGUCUCAUAUUCCUGAAUCCUGAUAUGGAGACGCGAGAUGGUGUCU